AUGUUCAAAAUAUAUAUACUAAAAUAUGUUUUUAUUUCAAUAAUACACAUAAAUGCCGCCCUUAAAACUAUGAAAGUUAAAGCUAACUGUUUACCAGCUGUUCCGCCAAAAUUGGCACUGUCUAUAAUUUUCAUAUCGUCACUUUGCUGUAUAAAUUCAUGGAACGGAUCAUUCGUUUUCGAUGAUUCGCCGGCAAUAUUAAAUAAUCCUGAUGUCUCUCCACCAGAAUCAUCUUCUCUAUCACCGCAAUCUCCACCACCAUCGGCAUCAAUAUCAUUAAUUAGAGUAUUGAAAAAAUUAAUCAGAAAUGAUUUCUGGGGUAAUAAACUUACUCAUAAACAGAGUCAUCGAUCCUACAGACCAUUUACCGUUUUGACGUUUAUAAUUCAACGAUGGUUGCGCGGUUCUCUCAAUCCAAUAGAUUUUCACAUUUUUAAUUUAAUACUCCAUACAUUUGCGUGUUUAAUAUUCUAUUAUUUACUCCUAAGAUUAUUAGAUAAAACCGCAAGACAUUUGGCAUUUUAUGUAGCUACUUUAUUUGCGGUUCAUCCUAUUCAUUGUGAAGCUGUUGCAGGAAUUGUUGGUCGAGCUGAUAUUUUAUGUGCAAUAUUUGUAUGGCUGUCAGUAUUAUUUUAUAAUCGUUGUAUUUAUGAAAAAAAUUUAAUUAUUCUCAUUAAAAAUUUGUUGAUGUGUGUAUUAUGCAUUACAUAUGCAAUGCUUUGUAAAGAAAUUGGAAUUACUGCUAUUGGUAUUUGUUACGCUUACGAUUUGACAAUAGUUCAUAAAAAAAAUUUAUAUGAUAUUAUAACAAUUUUAAAAAAGGAAUCUAUAAAAGAUAUUAUUGAAAAAAAUAAAUAUAAAUGUUUAGUACGCAUAGUAUUGUUGUUAACAUGUGGGCUUUUAUUGGCAAUAAGAUUUAACUUGAUGGGUUACUCUGCUCCGAGUUUUCAACCAGUUGAUAAUCCAUCAUCAUUUAUAAAUAAUCUUUUUAUGCGUUAUCUUAAUUAUCAGUAUAUUUGGUCGUUAAAUUUGUGGCUGUUAAUAUGUCCCCUGUGGUUAUCGUUUGAUUGGUCAAUGGGGUGUGUGCCUCUUAUUAAAACGUUUGAAUUGAGAUUAUUACCUGUUAUUUUAUUAUGGCUGAUUUUUGGAGUAUUUUUUGUUAAAUACUUUUUGAAUCAAAAAACUUAUCGAGAUCAUAGAUACGUAUCAAUGGGAUUAUGUAUGAUGAUAAUACCAUUUUUACCAGCGAGUAAUUUAUUUUUUACAGUUGGAUUUGUAUUAGCUGAAAGAACACUUUAUCUUCCAUCAGCAGGAUAUUGUUUUGUUGUUGUUAUUGGUUUUCAAAAAUUAUCACGUAGAUUUUAUAAAUCACGGAUGCCUUUAAUUAUGUACACGGUGCUAGUAAUAACGUGGUUCACACGUUCUUGGAUGCGUAGCGAUCAAUGGAGAAGUGAACAUACACUUUAUCGUUCAGGUUUGAGUGUAUGUCCGCUUAAUGCAAAAGUGCAUUACAAUGUUGCUAAAAAUGCAGCAGAUUCUGGAAAUAUAACUUUGGCUGAAGCUGAAUAUCUCGAAGCUUUACGAUUAAAUCCUCAGUAUGCUCAAGCGAUGAAUAAUCUUGGAAAUUUAUUAAACAAUCAAAAACGGUAUCAGCAAGCUAAAGAUUUAUUAACAAGAGCUGUUGGUCUGCAACCGGAUUUUGCAGCCGCUUGGAUGAAUUUAGGCAUCGUCUUGGCUGCGCUUAAGCAAUUUAAUGAAUCCAAGAGCUGUUAUGAAAAGUCUUUAUCGUACAGACGUAAUUGUCCGGACUGUUUCUACAAUUUAGGCCUCUUGUACUUAGAGCAAAAGAUGUAUCCAAGGGCGAUGGAAGCAUGGACAGAAACACUCAGACUAGAUAAAAAGCAUCGCAGAGCUUGGAUAAAUACUAUCAGAAUCUUAGAUGACAUGGGAAAACAAGAGAAAGCUUUGAGAGAAGGUGAAAAGGCUAAAAAAGUUCUUCCGGAUGAUGCAACGAUUCGUUUAAAUAUUGCUAAUAUCUUGGGAAAAUUAGAACGAUUUGAAAAGGCUGAAGCUGAAUUUAAACGAGCGGCUGAGUUGGAUCCUACAAAUCCAACAAUUUUUACAAAUCUUGGUGUCCUUUAUCAUCGCUGGCAUAAACUUGAUAAAGCUAAAGAAAUGUACGCCAAAGCGUUAGAAAUCAAUCCAAAUGCUCAAAGUGCUAAAAAUAAUAUGAAAAAACUAGAAAAUUUGAUACGAAAACAAAAAUUUAAAGGUUUAUAA